GUGGUGGAACGGAUCUCAGCAUGAUGUCAACCUUCUUCAAAUGCUGCAUCUCUGUAUAUAUAAAAUGAACCACCACUCAAUACUUACUCAUUCGUUAGUUUGUGCUCACGAGGAAUACUAAACACCAUGUUCAAAUACAUCACAGUCCUGUGCGUGUUGGUUGCUGUCUGUGCGGCAGCCCCACAAAACCCUCAAGAUGUUCAGAUACUAAGAUUCGACAGCGAUGUGCAACCCGACGGAUACAGCUUUGCCUACGAAACUAGUGAUGGUACAUCCAGGCAAGAGGAAGGCAAACUUGACAACCCACAAUCCGAAAACGCAGCUCUAACCGUCAACGGUCAAUAUUCCUUCGUAGCCCCCGAUGGUAAGCAUUACACCGUCACCUUCACUGCGGGACCCAACGGAUUCCAACCCAAGACUUCCGUGGGACAGUAAUAUAACAUUAAUUUGUGAUUGUGUAAAUAAUAUUCAAGUAUCGUGCGUUCAUUUCUAUCUCUCUCGUAAUAUCACCGAUCUCAAUUUUCACAAUUGUAACCAAUACGAGAAUAUAUUUUACCUGUGCCAUAAGAUACCUUUUUUUAUCAUUUUGUACCUAAUCUUUUCUAAAUAAAUAAUCAAGGUUAUUUCCUUUUUCCUCAAA